AUGGCCAACUUCUUCGUCGACCUCUGGACGACCUUCACGCCCAAGCAGCGUGUCAACAUUGCCAUCUACAUCCUGGGCAUCAUGGCCUAUAAGUUCGCCCUCGAGUACUACAACGGCUCCUUUAUCACCCAGGCCAACGAGCGUUUCGGCGACAAGCGCUACCAGAAGAUUGCCAUCCUCACCGGAACCAACUACGCCGCUCAGGCCGUCGGCUCCAUCAUUGUCGCUCCUUUGGUCAAGCGCUUCCCAACCCGUUCUGUCCUCGCCAUCGCCGUCCUCACUUUCGCAGUCAUCUCAGCCAUCCCCCUCAUCGCUGAUUCCGCCACGGGAGGAGUACUCAAGUUCAACACGCCCGACAACAAGACCAAGUACGGCACCUGGAACCCCAACGGUCUUUUCCCCAUCUACAUCAUCUCGGGCUUCUCCUACGGUACUGUUGAGCUCAUCCGCAGAAUCCUUCCGCGCGACGUGGUCGGUGGAGACGUCACCAGACUCAGGAGGAUGGAUGCUUUGACACAUGUCCUGUACGAGGUGGCGGGUACCACCGGAGCCUUCACCUCCACUUCGUUGAUCGGCAAGUUCGGCUACAACUACUCGGCUUUCCUCUCGCCGAUUCUCUUCUCUCUGGCGGGCCUGGUCUGGUUCUGCAUCUCCCCGGACGGCGAGGCCACCGAUCGCAAGGAGGCCAAGUCCCGACUCUCGGAGGUUGAGCGACAAGCCGAGACCGAGUCGCUCGGCGCCUCGCUCUGGACGGCCAUUCGCUCGUUUGGCAAGGCCUUUUACUACGGCGCAUACCUUAUCCUCAGCGACCGUCGAUUUAUCUGGCUCCUGCCCGGAUACACCCUCGCCCUCUACGGACACCGAUACCUCGAGAACGGUCUCGCUCCCAUCUACGCCAAGUCCGUCAUCGGCACCUCGUCCUACUCGCAGAUCAUCGUCGGCGGUUCCAACUUCGGUGAACUCCUCGGCGCGCUAUCGGUUCUCAUUUUCUCGCGCGUCAUUCCGACGCCGAUGCCCUUCCUUCGCCUCGACGCCCUCUUCCUCAACCUCGUCUGGGUCAUGCCAUUCUUCCCCUACACUCGAGGAGCCGUCAGCUCCGCUUGGCGCCUGGCCGCCGUCUUCAUCCCGAUCUCGUUUGGCUGGGCCGCCGGCGACGUUUCGCUUGCCGCCUACAUCCAAUCGACCCUCGCUCGCAUGGAGUCGAAGGACAAGGAUGUCUCGGCCCUCGGAGCCUGCAUGAGCACAUUGUACGUGACGUACAUCGUCCUUUACUCAGUCAUCUCAACGCUGCUGGGUCGCUGGGUCGACAGCCGCCUCAAGGGCCUUAAGGGAGCAGCGACGGUCGAGCCGGCACGCGACGCGCUCAAAUACGUCGGUGGCGUGCACUUUACCAUCCUCUCGGUCAUCAUCAUCGCCUCCACAUUCAUCCCCAAGGGUUCGUUCAGCUUCAACCCCAAGGUCAUCGACGAGAGCCUGCUCAAGAUCAGCGACGAAGAGACCGUGUCCGGCGAGUCGCGCGGCGCCGACGACUACGACGACGACCUCAAGAAGCACGCCGAGGAGAAGGGCCUCCACUUCGACCCCAAGCAGGACGACAUCUCCAAGGACGGCGUCGGCAUCCUCGCCCAGAACCCGGCCGCCGUCGCCGCCAAGCCCAACUAG